UAUUUGCCUAAUGAUUUAUAAUUAAGUGCCCUACUGCGGAAAACUGAGUACUACCGUCCAUACUUUGAACCGUCUCCUUUUAUUAGACUUUUAAUUUUGGUAGUCUUGGACCCAUAGAACCGGACAUAUAUGGAAAUCAUAGAAAGCAAUUCCUUUUAUUAAUUCUCAAAUAUGUAGGGUAGGUACGCCAUUUAAUGUAAAACAUAAAUUAAUUUGAUUUGGCUGUAGGAUUCAAAAUCUGUUGUCUUUGUGUAUGGGAGAAUCUUACAAAGAAUUUAUUUAUUAGUCAAUGUCAAAAUUGACAGAUCAAAAAGAGGUUAUGUUUGGCUAGUAAUUAAAUUCAGUUUUUAUUUAACAUGAAGCGAUUAACGAUACGCACAGUAACGAAAAAUGACUUAAAACAGUAACUAAUUAUCAAAGCUUCCACCUAAGUCCUUUAAAAAGUUUUCUGUUAUGACAUUUCAGUCUAUUUUCGGAGUGGAGUUAUUUAGGCCGAAUUCUGAUCAAAGGUUAAGGUUUUAUGUAUACUAACACUGGUUUUAACUUAGUCUCACCCUUCUCGAACUGCCACUACUCAUUAUGGAUGAGUUGAAACACAGAGCUGGUGAGAAACUGGAAGCAUUACAUUUAGCAGCCAUAACUGCUGCAGAUGGUGGGAAAAAUCGGGUGCAAGAUGUUUUCUCUCAAGCUGCAGAGAGCAUUAGAAAGCUCAGAGAGGCAUUUCAAGAGUUGUGGCAGAACGAACUAUUCGCCGAAUCUCGACAAAGGGUAGUUGCCUGGACUCGCGAGGCAACACAAAGAAUACGAGAGGGCGCACUACCAUUGUCCCCUGUGUUAUUGUAUGAAGAACUGGUGGCACUAUUUAAGGAUAGAGUGUGGCGACGCAGCGUGAUAAUAUUCGUGUGUGGAGUGGUAGUGGGUGGGAGCGCGGGGCUGUGCAUAGGGCUCCGCGCCGGGGCUCGAGUUCCGACCGGCCCGCACGCGCGGGCGCUCCACUCGCAGCCCGACCAGUCCGUCAUAUUGGUGGAGGAUGCUGUGGCACCGGGCGCCGGCGCAGGCGAGGUAUUGGUUCGAGUGCAAGCGUUUAGCGUGUGCCCGGUAGACCGCAGUGUACUGAGAGGACGCGGCUCCACUCUGCGCUCGCUAAUAACCAGAACCCAUCUCACUGUGGGACGGGGGUUUGCAGGCGUGGUUCUAGACGUUGGUCCAGGGGUGGAAUCCUUGGAGAUGGGCGACGAAGUUUGGGGCUGCGUCAGCGAAUGGGCUGGAGGGGCGGCCGGGGAGCUGCUUACAAUACGCAGUACUCGAGUAUCCAAGCGACCUCGUACAGUGACUGCAGACGGCGCGGCCACUUUGCCUUGGGCCGCAACGGCAGCCCUUACCGCUUUAGAAUCAUUAAAUCUUUCACCGGAAAACGCGAAAGGAAAGAGAGUCGCAAUUUGCGGAGCAGCGAGCGGCGAGGGUUGCGUUUUAGUUCAAUUGUUGAGUGCGUGGGGAGCUCAUCUCACCGUGCUAGCACCGAGACAAGCUGCCAUGAUAUUGCAGGAUUUAGGCGCGCAAGAAUUUGUAGACUCCGAAGAGCCAGGGUCUUGUUGGCGAGCCCUAGAAGUAGCCGCGGCCAGAACAGGACCCUGGCACUGCGCCCUCGCCUGUCCCGGUGUACUGGCAUCCGCACCCGCCAAUAAGCAAGCCAUACUCAAGGCGACAGCACCAAGGAACGCCAUUAUAGAUCUCCGACCGCAGCCGUUCAUAUCGGAUCGACUGCCGACGCCUCUCACUUUCGUGUACGCUGUGUCCUUCUACACAAUCAGAGCUUUAAGGUGGGUAGUGGGUUUGGGCAGCCACACAGACUGGCUGGAAAACCGUCAAAGACUAAGGCCGGGACUAGAAAAUCUCGCACAACUCGUCGACACCGGCCGGUUGCAGCCCGUUUUGGACAAGGUGUUCAUGCCUCAAGAUUUCGAGAGCGCUUUGGCUCACGCGUGCAGCGAAGAUGCGAUAGGCACCACAGUCAUCAGAUUCCCAUAAAUUACUUAAAAGUCGCCGGAUAAAACUUUGUGGAAUAAAUACAUAUGAUUAUCAAAAUUAUAUAAAAUUGAUAUGUUUCGAUUACCAUCUUUGCUCUUUCUGACCAAAACAAAUAUUUGUUUCACCGCUAAUUGCAGUAAUAUAUGAUACGAUUUGGCAGAGUUGUUAAAUAUGAGAUCUGAAUCUGAAAAAAAAACUAGGAAAUAUUUAAGAUUCUGUUAAUAGGUCUAUGAUAUCAAAGGGUCUAUAAACAUCCAUAGACGUAGUUUCAUAUGAUAGAGAGUUGGUAUUUUCUGCAUUAAUGGAUUGGCUUUAAAUUGUGCCAUAAAUAACACAAAAUAUGUUAUUUUAAAAUCAUAUGAAACUUCGGUUACGGAUCCUCUAAAGAAUUAUAACUAUUAUUUAUUUCAACUGUGGUUAAUCAGUCAACUCACCGACAUUAUAAUUAGUUGUAAAUUAUUGAAAGACAUUCUGUGCUCACAGCAAAGUCACAAAAUGCGAAC